CCUUCUCCUCUCUCUCCACUUGCACCCUUUUCAUCUUCUUCCAUUCUGAUUCUUCCUCCUCCUCGUCGUCGUUGUUUGAAUUAUUACUUCCUGCAACCUUCAAAGCACGUGAAAAUUUGCUUCCAUUGUCUUCGUCCCAAAUGUCGUUAGUUACUCAAAAUCCUGAUUCAAAUAAUCAAAUGGAACCCCAACCAAAUAAUACACCAAACUGGACAAUCAAUGUUACAGAUGUACGAACGCUAAAAGUCAGUAAUAUUUCAUUAUCAGUGUCCGCUAACAGCAUUAAGGAAUUCUUCUCUUCUUCCGGAGAUAUCCAAUACGUUGAAAUGCGAAUGGAAUCUGAAACAUCUCAACUAGCAUAUGUCACAUUUACAAAUUCACAGGGAGCAGAUUCAGCAAUGCAAAUGACAGGUGCAACAAUAGCUGAUCUUCCUGUUUCUGUAACACCUGUUGAGUAUUACCAGCUUCCACCUGAUGCUCCUCCUCUUGUCGUUGAGACAAACGGCGGCGACACGGCAGUAAACAAAGCGAAAGACGUAAUGAGCACAGUAAUCGCCACCGGUGUCGUUAUAGGAAAAGACGCAAUAAACAAAGCGAAAUCCAUCGACGAGCGGCUCCAAAUAACAUCAAACGCAUCAGCCACAGUCGCAUCCCUCGACCGCAAAAUAGGACUAUCAGAAAAGAUCAGCGCAGGAUCAUCUGUAGUAAACGAAAAAGUAAAAGAGAUGGACGAGAUGUUUCAGGUUUCGGAAAAAACAAGGUCCGUCAUCGCAAGCGCAGAACAGACCGCGAGCACGGCCGGGUCGAGUCUGAUGAGCAACUCGUAUGUCUCGGCCGGAGCAUCGUGGUUUUCAAGCGCAUUGAGCGCGGUUGUGAAGACAGCAGAGGGCGUGAGCGUUAUGACAAGGGAAAAAGUGCAAAAGGCGGAGGAGGAAAAGAAUGAGACGUUGUAUCAAGAGAGAACGGGCAUUAUAAACGACUUUGCGCACAUGCAUUUGGACGAGUCUCCGAUCGGAGAGCAGCAGCUUCCUGUUGUUGCGCCUUCUCUCGAGGAGAAGAAGCUAGCCAUCAUAUGAUCACGAUGAUGAUGAUGAUGAUAAGUUGUUGUGUAUCGAUUGACUUGUAAUAAGUCGGAUCACAUAUUGGUUAUAUAUAUGUUUGUCAAAAUUUAUUUGAUCAUGAUUAAAAA